GAACGAGUUCCUCAAACCAUUCCAGGUAUCACCCGUGAAAUGUUGGUGGAACAAACCCACUCCAGCAGGAAAUUAGAAGAUUCAGUUCAGAUUUAACUCGUCCAACGACAUGAGUACUGCCAUACAGUUUCGUAAAGGGUUCAUUCUAUUUUGUUGCAUCGUCGUCAGUUACAUCACCAUAGCCGUUUACAAAAGGGACGUCGCUCAAGGAUUUUGUGACAUCCUUGUCCGCAGUAAUAGCCACGCCCAGUCGAUAGACCAUUUCAAAGAAGCUUUAGCGAAGAGCCAACAGAAAUGGACGUCCAACGAGAACACUGUGAUCGUCGGUCGUGAAUUCUUCCAAUACCUGGCCAGCCAAUUGCGUGAAACUGCUUAUCCCGGAGUAGACAACUACACGCAGUACGUCGUGACUCGAUUGCAGUUGAAACCGUUACGUGACGUUGAACCAAUACGACCUGAUUUCGGGCCUGUAUUUAACGAUGUCAGAUCAUUUAAUUAUCCCAUCGAAAUUCGGCCUUGUCGAACGGACAAUGUUCACGGUCUUCGCAGGCUUUUUGUGGCCGUGAUUUCCGCACCGAAUUAUUUCGAAAAACGGGACAUUAUCCGACAGACUUGGCUACGUCAAUUGCAAAUUGAUUCAGGCUUAUCAGUGAAUCUUGCUGGCUUUGGUUUCGUCAUUGGGCGGACAGAUGACCGGGACACGCAACACAAGAUCGAGUCGGAGAGCUCAACGUACGGUGACAUCCUUCAAAUGGACAUGGUCGAUGUCUACUACAAUCAAACGUUGAAAGUAGUGGGUCUUUUGAAUUGGAUCAACCAUCACUGUUCCAAAAUUGAUUUCUUUCUGAAAGUGGACGAUGACGUUUAUAUCAACACAAGAAAUUUAGCAACUGUCAUGAAAAAUCUCGAUCCAGCUGAGCCAAGUGUUUAUGGAACGGCGUCGGACAGCAUAGUGCGAAGAGACGGGAAGUUUGAAAUCAGCCUGGAAGUUUGGCCGUGGUCGAAGUAUCCCAUCUAUUCAAUGGGAGCUGCUAUUUUGAUGGCAGGCAGUGCGAUGGAGCCUUUAUUGGCAGCUUGUCAAACGACGCCCUAUUUCCUGUUUGACGAUGCGUAUCUCAUCGGGCUAUGCACGAGCAAAGCCGGGAUUGCAGUCCGUGUCUCAGACAGAUUUUUAGCCGGAUAUGCCGAUCAACUUCCAGAGCCUUGUUACGUUCACGACUCCAUUACUUGGCUAACGGAUUCGGUUGAGCAUUCAAACAAGUCACAUUGGGCAUGCGCAGAGUUUUAUAAGAACGUAACGCCAUGCGUUAUCGAGGGCCUUGAUGGUGCCAAUCAAACUGCCGAUCCGACGAAAGAGAUAGAAUUUUACUUUGCCCGGUCACAACCUUAGAUCCCAGGCCGGCAAGGAAUGCCCUGCAACAACCGCGCAUUAGCAAUA